GAGCCAGCCUCGGCACGAUCUGCGAGGACCCCUCGGAGGGCGGCGCGGACUUCGGCCAGUUCGCCGCGGAGCUCGCGCCUGGAGCGUGGCUCGCGACGGGCCCGCAGCCGCAGGCCGCCGCCUUCGCGGAGGGCCUGGAGGACGUGGGCGAGCACCUGGACGAGGGCGCGCGCGGCGACGCGGACUCGCUGGCGACGAGCCUGGGGUCGGCGGAGAGCGUGCAGGAGAGCUCGGAACGGGAGGCGCGGGGCACCUCAGACGACGAGCUGGAGUCGGGCCAGGAGGUCGAGGAGCAGCUGGGCGGAGCGGAGGCGGACGAGGGGGGCGCAAGCCCCGAGGGCACCUCUGCCGCGGAGCGGGGCGAGGACGCCGCGGCCCAGGCGGAAGGCUCGGCCGCCGAUUGCUCGCCUGCGGACGUCCGACUGGAG